AUGGUAAUAAACGAUUAUCCAGCAAUAGUCGAUCCAGAAACAGGAUUUUUCAAUGGUCAAAAUUGGAAUGAGACACAUAUCGAGUAUGAGUGGUCCAAACGUGAUCCAGUCAUGAAUCUACCAGCAGGUGAGCAGAAGUCGUUUGAUUAUCCUGUAUCACUUUUUCUUCGAACUCAUCAAAUUACUGAAACUUCCACCGGUACGAAAUAUCGUUUUGAAGAAGUCGAAUACGAAUUCUAUGGCAUGACAACGGAUAUAUCUAAUGAUGCUUUUGAUGUCAGUGAUUGUUAUCGUUCUCGUGAUUGGCCUUAUCUACAUCUUGGAUUUACACUUAACUUGAAUAGAGGUAAUUUGGUCGAUAGUAAUCAUCUCGAUCGUAAAGCAUUGUAUGACAGUUUUCUUAUCACACUUCAAACAGCCAUGAGACCAAUUAGUGUCACCCGAAUCCAUCAAUUAGAAAUUGACCAUGAUGUUACUUCGACUUCUAAUACAAUAUAUGUUAUGUUUAUUUUGCUUGGACCUGUCCCUAUAGCUGAUCCAAUAUCAAACAAUGAGACAUCGAAGACGACAAAAUCAACUGAUCAAUUCAGCGUCGAAACGGCUCGCGAAAAACUUCGAACUACAAUCAAUAAUGGAGAUUUCAAUAUUAAUGUGCAGUUAUUCGAUGAUGAUCGGUCGAAUAUUACUUUCAGAGCAGUACCUGAUUCACUUCAAAAUGCUAGAGAAUUUCUUGCAUCCCAUCCAUUGAUUUUCAAUCUAGCAAAUCACACAGUAUCAGAAAUCAAUGUCAUCAACAUGACAAAUACUAUUGUACAAACUCUUGUUGUAUUUGAACAGAAGAUUAAUUUGAAAUGGUCGUCAAAAGCUCAAACAGUUGGUAUUGUAGUUGGUCUUUUGAUUGGACUCGUACUCGGUAUUAUUAUCGUUGUGGCCGCGAAGUUUGUACGUAAACCAUUAUCUUCCUCCUCAUCGACAAUGAUAUCGAUGGCGCCAAUAACCAACCUAGCUUAUGAUAGAAGACAAGAAACGCUCAUUACUGAUUCAAAUACAUCGACUGCUUGA